CGAAGCUUUGGCUGAGCAGCUGAAAAAGACACCGCUCGCCUUCUCCAACUGAUCAAACGGGGGUUGCGAAUAUACGCGCUGAAAAACUUCAUUAAGGUGGUACUGAAGGACAUGCUGUGAGGUCAAGUGCGCUUAGGGGACCCGGACAACGAGAGAACAGGAUGUCGUCCUCCACUGCCAAAGCUCAGGGGACAUCAGCACCGGGGAAGUCUCAGAAUCCGUCCAACGAACACGGGGAACAACAGGUGCCCUCAGAUGUGGAGUCCAUGGAGGAGGAGGCAGAGUUUAACUGGGAGGAGUACCUGGAGGAGAUGGGGGUCAGCGCUGCCCCCCACACCUCAUUCAGACAUGUGGAGAUCAGCCUGCAGAGCAGCUUCCAGCCCGGAAUGAAGCUGGAGGUGGCCAACAAGAGCAGCCCAGACACCUACUGGGUGGCGACCAUUAUCACCACCUGUGGCCAGCUCCUGCUGCUGCGCUUCAGCGGCUACGGCGACGACCGCAAGGCCGACUUCUGGUGUGACGUCAUGACCGCCGACCUGCAUCCCAUUGGCUGGUGCGCCCAGAACAACAAGGUCCUCAUGCCCCCAGAAGCCAUAAAGGAGAAGUACAGCGACUGGACCGAGUUCCUGAUCCAAGAGCUGACCGGCUCUCGGACCGCCCCGGCCAACCUGCUUGAAGGGCCCCUAAGAGGGAAGAACACAGUGGACCUGAUCACAGAGGGCUCCCUGAUGGAACUGCAGGACCUCUGCGACCCCUUCCUCUACUGGCCUGCACAGGUCAUCCAAAAUGUUGGGGGCCGCUUGCAACUGCGUUAUGUUGGCAUUGAGGGCGACGCCCAUGACACCUGGCUCUUCUACCUGGACCUGCGGCUCCGCCCCAUGGGGUGGACCCAGGAGAACCGCCUCAGUAUGGACCCACCCACAGAGCUGCAAGGUUUGAAGAACGCCCCCGAGUGGCGGGAGGCCCUUGACAGAGCGAAGGAGGAGGCGGAGCAGAACCCCCUGCCCUUGGAGGUGUUCAAGGAUCACUCAGACCUGCGCAAACACUCCUUCAGGGUGGGGAUGAAGCUGGAGAUGGUGUCACCCCAGGAGCCCUUCCAUAUCUGCCCCGUGUCUGUGACCCAGGUCUACAACGAGUACUACUUCCAGGUGACGGUGGAUGACCUCACCGCUGAGGCCACGCCCACCUCUGUGGUGUGCCACGCAGAUUCCCUGGGCAUCCUGCCCCCACAGUGGUGCCUGAAGAACGGGGUCUGUCUGGAGCGGCCCAAAGGGUACCUCAGUCAGGACUUUGACUGGGCAGACUACUUGAAACAGAGUUCCACAGAGGCCGCCCCUGAUGCCUGCUUCCCGAAUACAUCGAUUAGUCGGGGCUUCACUGAGGGUGUGAGGCUGGAGGCAGUGAAUCCUCUGAAGCCAGCCGAGAUCUGCGUGGCCUCUGUCAGCCAAGUGAGGGGAAGACUUUUGUGGCUAACCCUGGAAGGCCUGGUGAAGCCGCUCCCAGACUUCAUUGUGGAUGUGGAGUCCAUGGACAUCUUCCCAGUGGGGUGGUGUGAGGCCAACGGGUACCAGCUGACUCCCCCGCACCGGCCCGUGUGUCAGAGGCAGAAGAAGAUUGCUGUGGUGCAGCCGGAGAAACAGUUGGUUCUGCCACAGCCCGUGGACAAUAUACCUCACAACCUCUACCCAAACAUUGCCCUGGAGACAGGUUCCCAGAACGGGAAGUACUGCUGCUCGCAGAUCUUUGUGAAUCACCGCUGCUUCUCCGGGCCGUACCUGAACAAGGGCCGCAUCGCCGAGCUGCCCCAGGCCGUCGGGCCUGGGAAGUGCACUCUGGUCCUCAAAGAGGUGCUCAGCAUGCUGAUAAACGCAGCCUACAAGCCGGGCCGGGUCCUGAGAGAGCUUCAGCUGGUGGAAGACCCUCUGUGGAACUUCCAGGAGGAAACGCUAAAGGCAAAGUACAAAGGGAAAACGUACCGGUCGACGAUCAAGAUUGUGCGGACGUCGGACCAGGUGUGGGACUUCUGCCGGAAGGUCUGCCUGAAGCUGCAGUGCUGUCCCAACCUCUUCAGCCCCACUCUGGUCACCGACAAGUGUCCUGAAAACUGCUCUGUGCAAACCAAGACCAAGUACACAUACUACUACGGUAAGAAGAAGAAGGUGACCAGGCCUUCAGCGGAGGAGAACUCCCCGGACAGCGGGAUCUCCAAGCCUGUCCGCCGCAGAAAGAAGCGCAAGUCCAUCUUCGUCCAGAAGAAACGCCGCUCGUCCGCCGUCGACUACACCCCCGCAGGGUCCCCAGAGGACAGCGAUGAGGAUGAGGACGGCGUCGACCAGUCAGGCAGUGAGGAGGGCACCAGCUCGGAGCUGCGCGAGGACCACACCGACACCUCAUCCGUGGAGGUGGCCGUCAGCAGCCGGCCCCGGCGCGCCGUCACACUCCGGAGGAACACCGACACCGGGGUCUCCACCAGUCAGGACACGGCCCGCCGCAAGAGGCCCACCCGCUCGCUGUCCUACAACGAGAGCACCAAGUACCACCCUGCUAAGCGGCAGGCGAGGGUGGAGAGCUGUGAGGAGGAAGGGAAGCUGGUGCUCGACAGCAACCCCCUGCAGUGGACGGUCGCAGACGUGGUCCGGUUCAUCAAGUCCACCGACUGCGCCCCGCUUUCCAAAAUAUUCCAGGAGCAGGACAUUGACGGUCAGGCGCUGCUGCUCCUCACACUCCCCACGGUGCAGGAGUGCAUGGACCUGAAGCUGGGGCCCGCCAUCAAGCUGUGCCACCAGAUCGAGAGGGUCAAAGUGGCCUUCUACGCGCAGUACGCCAACUGAGGGCCUGUCGCCCCCGACAUGGAAGGACUGCCUUUUUCACUCACCACCCGUGGAGU